CUGCGUACCAGACGCUGUCCUCCUGUCCCUGCGUCCGUCCUGCCUCUGUUCCAACUUGCAUGCACAUGCGUGGCUCUUCCGGCCUCAUGUAGCCCGGAUCGUCUGCGAACAGGAUGGGUGGUACGCUACGCUGUGACGUGAAGUCACAACUGUUCUACGCCGUGCGUGCAGCCUGUGUUUUGCUGCUCGCCUUUUCCCUCCCAAACUCCUUUAAAACCAAGCUGCAAAGCCUCCGCCGUGCCGCACCAAGUUUUAAAGGCACGCACCAACCUUUCCUCCAGCCUUCUCCGAACUCCGGCCCACUUCGAGCGCGACUACGGCAAUGGUGACCAGGAGGCUGGCCCUGACCUCCCUCUUCCAUGGCAAGGCAAGGGACACCUCGCCGCCACCGCCUCCUCCCGCUACCGCCAUCGCGGCAGCAUGGUCGUGGCCAUCCAGCAAGAACACGAGCACGCAGCCCGCCCGCGCCGCGCAGCCGGCAGCUGGCUCCAGGACCGUCGCCUCAGUCGUCCUCGACUCCGCCGAGUCCUCCUUCACAGCCUCCUCCGCGCGGCAGGAAUGCUCCGACAGCCUUUCCACGGCGUCCGAGGCGUCGGCGCCGGUGGUAGCGGGCGACGACGCGGCGGACGACGCCAUCGUGCGGGGGAUCCGCUCAGACCGGCUCCUCUUCGACCCAGGCGCGUCGUCCACGAGUUCCAUCCUCGAGGAGAAGUCGGCGUGCGCUUGCGGCGGCGACGAGGCGUUCGGCGGCGGCGUGGCGGUCGCUUUCGAGUCGGCGGACCCGUACGCGGACUUCCGGGCGUCCAUGGAGGAGAUGGUGGCCGCGCACGGCGUCGGCGACUGGGGCUGGCUCGAGGAGAUGCUGGGGUGGUACCUGCGCGCCAACGACCAGGACACGCACUGCGCCAUCGUGUCGGCGUUCAUCGACGUCGUCGUCGCCAUCGCCGACCCGGCUCGCGAGGCGUGCUCUUCCCGGAGCUCCUCUUGCACGUUCGCGGCGGGAGAGUUGGAGGUCGUCGCGGACAAGGGUAAACCAGCUGCUGGGGUACUCACCGUGUGAUGAGCUCUCGCCCUUGGAUUAUCUUUAUCUGAAGUAACCUUCGUGGUUUAUUUGGCUGAUGUGUAUGUGAUCUCAUCGAGCUAAGAUGGUAGAGUUCUGAUGUUCUAUAGGGAGAGUAUUAGGUUACUAGCUAGUCGAUGGUCAACCUAUGUUGACUGAUGUGCUACUCAGAUUAACACUUUGCGUAACCUAAAAUCUGCGAAGGGCUCAAUGCAUACUGUAUGCAUGAAUUUUGAGAA